AUGGCCGCCGAGCCGGGCGGCGGGCGCCCCUGGCCUUACCGGUGUUACCGGCCGCUGCUCGCCGCUUUGACCGCCGCGUUGCUGCUGCUGGGCUGCGGCCGCGCCGCCACCCUUUCUCCCUCCUCUUCCUCGUCCUGUCACCAUCGCGUGCCCAGCGGCGAGGAGGUUGUCUAUCAAGUUCCUCUAAAGGAAAAUCAUGUCUUGAAGAGAAAUGUGGAUCAACAGCUACGAAUUAAGAUUAUAUAUGACGGAAGUGUUGAGGAUUUGCUACCUGAGAAAAGACACCUUAUAAAGAACAAACUUUUUCCACAAGCUAUAUCGUAUUUGGAGAAGACGUUUCAAGUGCGCAAAUCCACGGGUACUAUAUUACUAAGCAGGCAGUGUGUGACAAACCAAUAUUUAAGGAGGAAAGCUGACCCUCACAGAUACUGCCGAGGAGCCUGUGCAGACCAUACAAGAUGUGGGCCAGUUAUAGUUCCUGAGAAGCACCUCCAACAAUGCAGAGUGUGCAAUGAGAAUGAGUGGCACUGCGGACCCACUGGCUUACCUGACCAAGAAGGGGUUCGAGAUGCUGACUUUGUACUUUACGUUAGUGCUCUCACUACUGAAAGGUGUGGCCAUGAAAAUAUCAUUGCAUAUGCAGCCUACUGCCAACUGGAAGCUGAAAUGGACAGGCCAAUAGCAGGAUAUGCUAACUUGUGUCCAAAUAUGAUUUCAACGCAAGCUCAAGAAUUCAUUGGCAUGUUGUCUACAGUGAAACAUGAGAUCAUCCAUGCACUGGGUUUCUCUGCUGGACUGUUUGCGUUUUAUCGUGAUGAUGAUGGAAAACCUUUGACAACAAGAUAUGCAGAUGGACUUCCUCCUUUUAAUGAAAGUCUAGGUUUGUAUCAGUGGAGCGAUAAAGUCAUUCGUAAAGCAGUGAGGUUAUGGGACAUACGUGGUGGCAAAAUGCUGCGCCAUGCUGUUCAUCUUCUGAUAACACCUCGUGUAGUUGAAGAAGCCCGAAAACAUUUUAAUUGUCCAGUUCUAGAGGGAAUGGAGCUUGAAAAUCAAGGUGGCAUGGGUACUGAGCUCAAUCACUGGGAGAAGAGAUUGUUGGAGAAUGAAGCAAUGACUGGAUCCCAUACACAGAAUCGAGUCUUUUCCAGGAUCACCUUAGCAUUAAUGGAAGACACAGGCUGGUAUAAAGCAAAUUACAGCAUGGCAGAGAAAUUAGAUUGGGGACGCAAUAAAGGCUGUGACUUUGUAAUGAAAAGCUGUAAAUUCUGGAUCGACCAAAAGAGACAAAAGAGGCAAUUAAUCAGUCCAUACUGCGACACUUUGAGGAGUAAUCCUUUGCAGUUAACCUGCAGGCAGGACCAAAGAGCAGUAGCAGUGUGCAACUUGCAGAAGUUUCCAAAGCAGUUACCUCAGGAAUAUCAGUAUUUUGACAAUCUUAAUGGAGUACCAGCAGAAGAAUUGCCUUAUUAUGGUGGCUCAGUAGAAAUUGCUGACUAUUGUCCCUUUAGUCAAGAAUUCAGCUGGCAUUUAAGUGGUGAAUUUCAACGCAGCUCAGACUGUAGAAUAAUUGAAAACCAACCAGAUCCCACCAAAAACUAUGGCGCAGAGAAAUAUGGACCAAACUCUGUAUGUCUUAUUCAGAAAUCUGCUUUUGUCAUGGAACAGUGCAGGAGGAAACUCAGUUACCCUGACUGGGGUAGUGGAUGUUAUCAAGUUUCUUGUUCUCCACAAGGGCUGCAUGUUUGGGUCAAGGACACUGCGUACUUGUGUAGCCGCUCAGGUCAGGUAUUAACCGUGAGCAUUCAGAUGAAUGGCUGGAUACAUGUUGGGAAUCUGAUUUGCCCGGCCUGUUCGGACUUCUGUGACUCCUGUCCCCCAGAGCGGGAUCCUCCAGCUUCUAACUUAACAAGAGCUGCACCAAUCGACUUAUGCUCCUGCUCGUCUAGCCUGGUUGUAACCCUUUGGCUAUUGAUGGCUAACUUAAUUCCCCUGUUAACAGGAUUAUUUCUCUGCACAUAAAGUUAAGCACAAGGCAAGAAGAUGUUCCAAGAUGAUAUACCAUCAUGUUGCACUCCUAUUGUGGAGCACUGAGUUUUUUGUCUCUGCAGGCAGCUGUCUUCUGCUGAACCUCAUCUCUCCUGGCAAGUAUCGGUGCAGACAGUAGUCAGGGAGGUACUGACAAAAGCAGUUUGAGAGGAGGAAAACUUACCUUGUCAUCUCAAUAAGUGCCAGUAUUUUCCUGAAUUGCAACCUUUGCUUUUUUUGACGCAGUAACAAGAUCCACUAUGCCAACUGUGUUAAACUACCUGGCAACUCGGUCAAGAUUUGAAGUGAGAACUCUUCUGUAAUAGAACUGAGGGUUGUUUUUUUGUUAUGUCCUCUGUGUGACUGGUAGCAAAGCAUCCUCAAACUGGAAAUAUACCUCAGUGGUUUAGUCAAAAGCCAUGUAAAAAUCAGUUGUCAUCACUGCUAAUAACCCAGGCCUAAACAGCUGUGGGAAUUUGUUUGUUUGUUUGUUUUAUCAAUUCUUGCAAUUUAUGAGGGGAAGAAAUAAUUUAAUGGGAUAGACCAGUGGUUGGAAAUUGUCUCCACAACUGGAUUCUGCAGCUUUGAGGCUUCUCAGAAUUCAUACUAGUUUGCGGUAAAGCAGCUAAUGCUUGGGGUUUGCUUAAACCUUCCUAUGUGCACAAAGUGGAAUUUCAGACUGGUAACCAAGACAACUGUCUAGAAAUCCCAUUCUCAUUUAGCAUGUGCCAGUUCUACUGUGAAAAUUAAUACAUCAAAUGUUUGAAUACUCUCAGAGUAAUUUGCAUUUCAGUACUGACCUCAGUCUGUAAAAUUGGGAUAGGUUUUCUGAUUAUUUUUAAUUUUGUUGGUUUGUUUCUUAAAUAAUGGCAUUAUUAUUUUUUGAAUAGUAUGAACAUAAAUGCAGCUGUUGUCACUUUUUGUUGAAGGGCAAACCAGUAGCGAUGGCAGCUAUAAUGUUACAGGACCAUAUUGACUUCUCUAGACCAAAAACUAUAUUGAAUGUGUUAAGAAAAGUCUAAUCUGUCUUCCCUCCCCCCCCUUUUUCUUGGACAUAUAGUUGAUAAUCCAAAUACUAUGGAUUAUUUGAGUAUUUGUAGUAAGUUAGAGAAUCAGACAUUUUGAACCACAUGAGGGCACACCUUGCUACAAAAUUAAUCACUUGAUGGACAAAAUAUGUAAGAGGAAGGAAAUGAGCAAAACCUGUCUCCCUAAGGACAGCUGCUCUAUAGGACACUUGUAAGAAUGUUUUUAUUUGUUUCUGACUCUACAAUGUGUUACAAAUAAUCCUGUUUGGAGUAAAAGAAACUCUUAUGUGGUCCAAUCCGUUGUCUGUCCUGUUAGGAUAGUUUUCAUUCUUGGAAAAGUGUUAGACUUGAGGGAGCAGACAUGCCCAGUGCACUAAAAAAUGCAAAUAUAGGGAGAAAGAUGAUGUUACUCUGCUUGUUAAAUGUUCUGUGAUGUUAGAAUUGUCAGUGACUAGAUCCCUUUCUAAAAUUAAAGGUAGGGGGAUGGAAAGGGUAUGGAGUAAAAUUUAUCUAGCUACAAUUAAACUCGUUCAAUAAUAGGACUUCCAUUGUAAUUGUAAGAAAAUCUUUGUGCCUACUGGACUUGUUUGGUUUUUUUUUAUUUAAAGAAACUCUUAGGACACUGCUGAGGUGAGUAAGCUGCAACCUAAAACGGUCUGAAGGCAUCACAGUUGAGAGAGUACCUUGCACUGGGCUAGUUCCCCUUCUUAACUGCAGGUUAAGUUUGCUUUGAAUUAUACAAGGCCUAGGCUAGCCUUAAAUAGGUGUUUCUGAGAAGCAAUACAAAUUAGGAAUCAAAUGCUUUAAAUGUGUACAAGUUUGAAUUAAGAAACACUCAGAUUAAUAAGUGAAUACUGAUUAUUUUAAUAUAUGCACAAUCAACAGUCAGUGUAAAUUGAUUCCUUGAAAACGUAAAGGUUUGAGAAUACAUCUUAGGUCCCAGAGGUUGAUAUUGUAUUUUUUGUCUGUUGUGCAAUAAUACAGUUUAAAUGGUAUCACUCAACAACAGUGCUUUUGAUACUUGAAAAGAAAUUAUUGGUUAUUUUUUCUUACUGUGAAAUAUUUGCACUGUCUGAACUUUCUGGUUAACUUUAUAACUGUUAAACUUUUUUACUGGUGUUAAUUUAUUGUGCUCGGUAUUUGAUAUGCUAGUCUCCUGUCUGUGUUAAGUGUGAAAUUUGUCAUAUUUAAGUGAAUAUUUUUAUCUUCUACACAGUUGUUUCUCUUGAGGGCUUUUCUUCUUUUAUUUUCUCUUCCUGAGAAUUAACUGAAAGGUGGCUUAAAAAGUCGAUGCUUACCUACUUCUGAAUUGUAUGCAUUAAUUAAAGAAAGAGGCUGUAGUGGAUUGUACCUACAGGGAAAAAUCUAUCUGCCUGUCAGAGCUCUUGUGGUCAGAUUCACCAGUACCUGCUGAGUAGCUGCAUCAGUGAAUCCAGUGAAGUAAAACUAUUACUGCCUUAAUAAUCUGAGAUUUCAGUCGUAAUUUCUUUGACGUGCAGCCCUUCAGCUGGCUGUGAAUUGCAGAAC